CACUUAACGUUGAUAAAAAAUAUUUGUACACAGAAAAUAUUGUGCAAAACAAAUUGUGACAUCAUUGACAGAAGCGAUACAAUGAAUCUCUCUAACCUCAAGAAGGAAUUGUAGAUCAAGUCAUAAGGUUAGCCUCCAUCUAACCUCCCAUGAAGAGAUAUGUUGAUUUUAUUUGUCGCAAGCAUUAAAUCACUCGAUUUAACAACGAUUUCAUAUCGGUUGAUCUUGUUAUUUUGUUGCGCUAUUUGUUGAUGCCAAUCGAAUGGCAAUGUUUAAGUUUAAUGUGAAAAGACUGAUCAAAACUAUUGCGGUUGGAACAAUCGGAUUGGGCACUUUGGCAUCUCUCAGAGCGAAUGAAUAUGACGUUGCGGCUAUUGGGAUUGUACGACUUGGCAGAGCCGCGAUCACGGUACUUGAUAUAGGUCGUUAUUACAAUAAUGAAUUGUACAACAGCAAGUUGGACAGAACAUCAGCCGAAUAUCUGGAUUUGAAAUCAAACGUUCACAAAUACGGAGCGCAGAAGCUGCUAGAGCUUUGUUGCGCCAACAAGGGAGUUUACAUCAAGGUGGGUCAGCAUAUAGGUGCAUUAGACUACUUGUUGCCCAAGGAAUACGUGCAUACCAUGCGUAUAUUGCACAGCAAGGCGCCUCAGUCUUCGUUUAAAGACGUGCUCACAGUGAUCCGCGAAGAUUUCAGAAGAGAUCCUUACGAGAUGUUCCAGAUCAUCGAUCCGGAACCCAUUGGAACCGCCAGUCUUGCACAAGUGCACAGAGCCGUGUUAAAGAACGGCGACGUGGUGGCGGUUAAGGUUCAGCAUCGCAGUGUUAAAAGUAAUUCCUAUGUUGAUAUCAAAACCAUGGCUGCGUUAGUGAAAAUUACAUCGCUCGUAUUUCCGGAUUUCAAAUUCAAUUGGCUGGUUGAAGAAACGAAGAAAAACAUCCCGGAAGAACUGAACUUCAUUCACGAAGGUAGAAAUGCGGAUAAGGUGCGGAAACUCUUCGAAAAUUACGACUGGUUAAGGGUUCCGGCGAUAUACUGGGAUAUGUCGUCGUCGCGCGUACUGACGAUGGAGUUUCUGGAAGGUGGUCAAGUGAACGAUCUCGAGUACAUGCGUGUUCACCGACUGAAUCCGUAUGAGGUUACGAGCAAGCUUGGCCGAUUGUACAGUCACAUGAUCUUCAUCGAGGGUUUUGUACAUUCCGAUCCUCAUCCCGGCAACAUUCUGGUGCGCAAUCGCAAUUCCCAGGCGGAGAUCGUGCUGCUCGAUCACGGUUUGUACGCCGAUCUGUCCGAUCAGUUUCGCUGGGACUACUCGAAGCUGUGGUUGGCGAUUCUCGACGGCGACCGAGAGGCUAUGAAAGAGCAAUGCGCGCGAUUGGGCGUCGCCGAUUACUACGGUUUGUUAGCGUGCAUGGUGUCGGGAAGAACCUGGGACAAGAUUAUAUCCGGCGUGCGUAAAACUCGCUACGACAAUCGGGAAAAGCAGGAGUUUCAGCAGAACAUUCCAGACUUGUUGCCGCAAAUCAGCACCGUGCUGGAUCGCGUCAAUCGGCAGAUGUUGCUGAUCCUCAAGACUAACGAUCUGAUGCGCGGUAUCGAGUACUCGUUGCGCACCCAGUUCAGAAUGUCAUCCAUGAUAGAGAUGUCCAAAUGCUGCGUACGUUCCGUGUAUAGCGAAAAACUGCGCAAAUGCUCCAGUACGUGGGACAGAUGCGGAGUAUCGUUGGCGGAACGCUGGGCGCUCUUCAACCUGUCACUGUACUACGUGUAUCUGGGCUUGAUUAACUUCAAUCUGAAGAAUUCGGUCGAUUCUUUGUGGACAAAAGAUUUCUAUCUAUUUUAAUAAAUAGCUUUUUUAGGCCGUUAAUUAAAUACAUUAAUAAAAUAAAAAUUGAUGGA